CACUUCAUAUAAAUAGAAGAAUCGUGAAUACACUGUUUCAUACUGCAUUUCUACGCGCUCAGAGUAUCGUUAAAGAUAUAAACUACAAGAUGUCGUUUUCACCUUUUGUCUUUGAUUACGACUUGCCACGUUGGACAAGGCGUCUCGCAGAUCAAAGCUUCGGUCACACCUUGUCACCAGACGACCUGUUCACAGCUAGAGCCGCUCCGGUCAGCCCAUUAGUUCCACGAUACCCACUUUGGUGGCCCAAAGACACGGGAUCAACGAUCAAGCUUGAAAAAGACAAGUGGCAAAUCAGUAUCGACGUUCAACAUUUUGCACCAAGUGAAAUUACCGUGAAAACUGUCAAUGGUUUUAUUGUAGUGGAAGGAAAACACGAAGAGAAGCAGGACGAACAUGGAUUUAUUUCUAGGCAGUUUGUGAGGCGUUUUAAAAUCCCAGAAGAUACCGACCCUGAUGCGAUCGAGUCGAGGUUGUCGUCUGACGGUGUUCUGACUGUUUUGGCUGCGAGGAAGGACACAUUAAAAGGAGAAAGGAAUGUCCCUAUCAUGCAAACUGGCCCUGUACGUAAGGAAGUAAAAGAAGAUUCUGUUACAGAUCAAAUAGUUGAAAAGUGAUUUUUUUAUAAAUGGUAAUGACGAAAGUGUAUUUAUUUUGAUAUUUUUUUUUCAAAUCGACUGAUUGUUAAGACUGUGAGUGAGAAUAUUGUUUAAUAAUAAAUAGUGUUUUUUUAAUGCUAUAUGUUUGGGGUUUUCAUUUCUAAAUUACUUAAUAAUAAAUAUAAAUUUAAUUAAUGUAAAA